AUGAGCACCACCACCGAACUUGACGGCACCGUAUCUUACAACGGCGGGUUCGACCAGGACCUCGUUCAACCACCCAAUGAGUUCGAACCACAAAUCUGCGACGUCGUGAACGCACGCAAGGUAUCACCUGGAGAACUUCGGCUGUAUCGUCGUGUAGGAGAGACCAAGCAGGAUGACAGUAUCACUCGGGCGCAGACAGUCAAGGGCAUGUGA